UCAGCCGCAACUGUGGAGGAGGUGGAUCUAUUGGGAGAAAAUGCUGUUGAUUCAGAUGAAGAAAGACUCAUCGAAUCCUACAGACGUCAAAGAAUCGCAGAAUUGAGGAAAGAAUCUAUGGCAUCUAGGCGGUUCGGCUCCGUCAUACCCAUUGGGCGAGCUGAAUACACUCGUGAAGUGACCGACGCCAGCAAGGAGCCUGAGCCAGAUGAAGACGAAAAGGAUCCAUCGGAAGAAGUUCUGAAGGGUACUCCUGUUAUAUGCUUUCUAUACCAAGAAGGGAAUGAGCCUGCGAAUGUACGCCUCGCUUCACAAUUAAGCACCAUUGCAACCAAGUACCCACGAACCAAGAUCGUCUCGAUCGUGGGAAACAAAUGCAUUGAAAAUUAUCCCGAUCGCCACCUCCCCAGUCUAUUCCUCUACCGCAAUGGAUCAUUGCGCCGGCAGUUCAUCGCUUACGGGAAAGAUCGAGAACGACCAGUCGAAGAUUUAGAAGUCCUCCUUAUAGCGACGAAUAUGAUUGAUCCUCACAAAGCGUUGCCUGUGGACCCUGCGGGAAAAGAGAACAAUACCAGUCACUCAGAGGACGAGAGUGGCGACGAAGAAGACCGUCCGCCAUUUGGGUCGAAACUUGGGGCGAAUAAGAACAUCAGAAGCGCCGGCAGCAAAAACGUCCGAUCCAAAAGCAUUCGCACCGGAACCGUCGGAAGGGAAGACGAGGAUGAUUCAGACUUUGACAUAUAACUCUGGUGGUUU